CCCUACAUUUGGUGGACAGGAUCUGAUCCCGGGAUCUGUUACCUCUUUCUUUUCUCCUAAGCAGACGGAGUAAGAAUUGCAGCCAUGGCAAAGAACUGCCACAACGACUACAAGAUGAAGUUCUCCCUGGACGAUGAGUUCCCUGAUCUGUCCCUGCACAACAACCACAUGGCCAAGGUGCUGACCAAGGACAUCUACGGCAAGCUCAGGAGCAAGUCCACCCCCAGCGGCUUCACCCUGGAUGACGUCAUCCAGACCGGUGUUGACAACCCUGGCCACCCCUUCAUCAUGACCGUGGGCUGCGUUGCUGGUGAUGAGGAGUCCUACGAGGUCUUCAAGGAUCUGCUGGACCCCAUCAUCUCCGACCGUCAUGGUGGAUACAAACCCACCGACAAGCACAAGACCGACCUGAACUUCGAGAACCUGAAGGGUGGUGAUGACCUGGACCCCAACUACGUGCUGUCCAGCCGUGUCCGUACCGGCCGCAGCAUCAAGGGAUUCACCCUGCCCCCCCACAACAGCCGUGGAGAGCGCAGAGCCAUUGAGAAGCUGUCCAUUGAGGCUCUGGCCAGCCUGGAGGGUGAGUUCAAGGGAAAGUACUACCCCCUUGAGGGUAUGACCGACGCUGAGCAGGAGCAGCUGAUCGCUGAUCACUUCCUGUUUGACAAGCCCGUGUCCCCCCUGCUGACCUGCGCUGGUAUGGCCCGUGACUGGCCCGACGGCAGAGGCAUCUGGCACAAUGACAACAAGACCUUCCUUGUCUGGGUGAACGAGGAAGAUCACCUGCGUGUCAUCUCCAUGCAGAAGGGAGGCAACAUGAAGGAGGUCUUCAAGCGCUUCUGCACUGGCCUGCAGAAGAUUGAGGCUAUCUUCAAGAAGCACAACCACGGAUUCAUGUGGAACGAGCAUCUGGGCUACAUCCUGACCUGCCCCUCCAACCUGGGAACUGGCCUGCGUGGUGGCGUGCACGUCAAGCUGGCCAAGCUCAGCACACAUCCCAAGUUCGAGGAGAUCCUGACCAGGCUGCGUCUGCAGAAGCGUGGCACAGGUGGUGUGGACACAGCCUCCGUGGGUGGUGUGUUCGACAUCUCCAACGCUGACCGUCUGGGCUCCUCCGAGGUGGACCAGGUCCAGCUGGUGGUUGACGGUGUCAAGCUGAUGGUUGAGAUGGAGAAGAAGCUGGAGAAGGGAGAGUCCAUUGAUGGCAUGAUCCCCGCCCAGAAGUAA